AAGCGCUUCCUGCCCGUCACUUCCCCCGCCGCUGCCGCCGCCGCCGCUCCCGCCGGGCCGCCGGACUCGUGCCCUGCCCAGGCCCCUGCUGCCGCCGCCAUGGCCAUGAGGCAGACCCCGCUCACCUGCUCCGGCCACACGCGGCCCGUGGUGGACCUGGCCUUUAGCGGCGUCACCCCCUACGGAUAUUUCCUCAUCAGCGCCUGCAAGGAUGGCAAGCCUAUGCUGCGCCAGGGGGACACAGGAGACUGGAUUGGCACGUUUCUGGGUCAUAAAGGUGCUGUUUGGGGUGCCACCCUGAACACAGAUGCCACUAAAGCAGCCACAGCAGCAGCAGAUUUCACAGCCAAAGUGUGGGAUGCUGUGUCAGGCGAUGAACUAAUCACACUGGCUCACAAACACAUUGUCAAAAGUGUGGAUUUUACACAGGAUAGCAAUUAUCUGUUAACAGGUGGACAAGAUAAGCUCUUGCGUAUCUAUGACUUGAGCAAGCCAGAAGCAGAACCGGAUGUUGUCAGUGGACAUACUUCUGGCAUUAAAAAAGCCUUAUGGAGCAGUGAUGACAAACAGAUUCUUUCAGCUGAUGAUAAAACUGUCCGCCUCUGGGACCGGAGUACCAUGACUGAGGUGAAGUCACUAAAUGUGGCAAUGUCAGUGAGCAGCAUGGAGUAUGUUCCAGAAGGACAGAUACUGGUGAUAACCUAUGGGAAGACAAUUGCUUUUCAUAGUGCAGAAACUCUAGAGCAGAUUAAAUCAUUUGAAGCACCUGCUACAAUCAAUUCUGCAUCACUUCACCCUGCGAAAGAAUGUUUGGUUGCAGGUGGUGAAGAUUUUAAACUCUAUAAAUAUGACUAUAAUACAGGAGAAGAAUUAGAAUCUUACAAAGGGCACUUUGGUCCCAUUCACUGCGUGAGAUUUAGCCCCGAUGGAGAGUUAUAUGCAAGUGGCUCUGAGGAUGGCACACUAAGGCUGUGGCAGACAACAGUAGGGAAAACCUAUGGCCUUUGGAAGUGUGUAGUUCCUGAAGAAGAGAAUGCAGAAGCAGCAAAAGCAAGGACUACCCUUCCAGGAACUGCAGAGGAGGAAAUAGUUGCAGAAGAGAUUGCCUCUGAAAACUCAGAUACAGUGUACAGCUCAACUCCUGAAGUGAAAGCCUGAUUACUGCAGCUGUUACCUGACACAUGGACAUGCGAGACUAAAUCAAGUGAGCAGUGACAGACAGCAGCCUUCCAGAGUGCGCUCCCUCCGUGGGGCAAAGAUGGGCAGUAAUUGAUGAGAAUGCGGUGGAACUGGCUAGGUGUUGUCUGUAAGAGAACUGAGCAUCCAAAUAAAAACCCAAAAGACAAGUAGUAGAGUUCUGCUGGCUUUUUGGCAUAACUGCCUACUGUCUUUUCAAAGAAGUGUGCAAGCCAAGAUCCAGUCUCUCCAAUCUCAAUUAGACUCAUUGUAGUGUGUUUUCAUUAUUACGAAGAAGAGAUACAAUGGCUUUUACCUUUUUUUUUUUUUCCCUUGAAAGUUGGAAAAAUUGGCUCUAGUUGAAAAGAGGGGAUUAUGUACUUAAAAGUAUUUGGUUCGGGUUUUGUUUCAUUGUAUGCUGCUUCUGAAUGUUUAACUGUUUUCAGUUGUCUAAAUAAAAUGCCUCUCCAAACUCGUACAUUA